UGUGAGGGCUCUAGCCUGCUGCUCCCUCUGAGGAAGAGCAUCCUGAAAAACAUGACCUUCCUCUCCUUUCAACAGGACACACAUCUCAACCUCCACAUAUGUGAGUGUGCGGGUGUGUGUGUGUGUGUUGCGUGUGUGUGUGUGUUUGCGUGUCAGUUGUUGUAGUCUGCCUUACUCAUAAUACUCAUAAAACUGUGUGUGUUUUUUGUGAGAGACGAGUGUUUCCACUGUUCUAUGAAGUUGAUGUGCGUUCUCAGUUGUGCGUUUGACUUAAUAUCAUUCCCAGACACUUCCGCCCAAAUGCACGAUGAGUCUGGUGGGCCAACGCGUCAAACUGUGGUCAGAGGGAGCUGGGGUGAAGUCGGCAGACAGCAGAUGGUGGAAGUGGAGGUGUUUGGGUUGGAGAGGACGGUGGACUUAGUGGACGACAUCCCAGCCACUUGUCAGUGUUGGCACUGCUACUUCCUACCUAAUGAGUCAGUGGACAUCACUUCUACUUAUACAAUCAAUCAAGCAAAUUUAUAAACAGCUUAAUGUUUUAAACCAGCAGCUGUCACAAAGUACUUUUACAGUAACCCAGCCUACACCAGGGGAACCCGGGACAUACAGGGCACCACUGUUCCUGCCAUCUCUUUCUCCCUGUGUGAUGACAUAUCCUGUUCCUGUUUAUACACCUGACCAGCUGAGUGCAGGUAGGCUCUCCCGUCAACAUGAGGAUCCUGCUGCUCCCGCCCAAAAUACACACGGGCACACAGACACACACACACACACACUCAUAGGAAUGCUCGCCUAUUUAAAUGUUUGUGUGUAUGUGUGUUGUGUGUCAGAGUUAAGAGAUGAUAAGCCAGCGUUUAAGAAGAGGCGUCUGGUGUGGGAGGAUGACAUGGAGAUGCACUCCAAGUUCCUGGACAGAAAGGUGACAUAUUAGUCUUAACAUGACACAAGAUGAGACCCAGAUGCAGACACAGGAGGCAGAUGGUUAGAGUCUCUGAUAUUUAUUAAUAUAUAAGGGGCAGGCAAGAGGCAGGUUGAGGACAGGCAGAAGUUUGUAAACUGGGUCAGAGUCAGAUAGGUACAGGACGGCAGGCAGGCUCAGAGUCAGGGCAGGCAGAAUGAUCAAAACUGGAAGAACUAGAAAACAGGGACUAAAGCGAACAGGAGUAUGGGAAAACCACGAUGGUAGGCUUGACGAGACCAGACGAACUGACAACAGACAAACAGAGAACACAGGUAUAAAUACACAUGGGAUCAUUGGGAAGAAUGGGAGACACCUGGUGGGGGGUGGAGACAAGCACAAGACAGGUGAAACAGAUCAGGGUGUGACAAGUCUUCCUUACACCCUACCAUUACCCCCUACUCUCACCUAGCCGCUUACUCUUAACCACUAACCCCUACGUUUCCAACAUGACCUGACCUGUGUGUGUGUUACAGGAAGAGUUGAAGGCGGAGCAUGCCUCGUACCUGCGGCAGCACGGGGAGCUCCUUGCCAUGUUGGCUGACUUCUUGCAGUUCCUUUUACUACGAAAACCGAGCGACGUCUUCUUGUUUGCCCUCGAGAACUUCUCCCCUUUCGCCUCCCGCCGACCUCCAGGGGGAGCUUCAACACCUCUCCUUGACAACACACUGUAG